UCCAUGCAAAAUCGCGGACCAAACAAACCCUAGGAUGACAUCCCCAGCCAAACAUGAAAAGUGUGGUCUUAUCCCAAGAUUACCCUAUUCCUACACCUCCUCGCGUUUAUCUGCGUUGAAGAACAGGGGAGCCAUGGAAGACGAUUCUUGUAGCAGCAGUGAAACUUUGAGAUCUAACUGGACACAUGUCAUGGACGACUAUUUUAUCGAACUUUUACUGGAUCAAAUACAGAAAGGGAACAGGACCAGUACUUCGUUUAGCAAACAGGCCUGGCUAGAGAUGAUUGCACUCUUUAGCCAUAAAUAUAAAUGCAAGCAUGAUACAGAUGUUUUGAAAAACCGGUACAAACACUUGAGGAAACAGUAUCAUAACACAAAGAUUCUUGAACAGAAUGAAUUUAUUUGGGACGAUAGUAGACAGAUGGUAACCGGUAAUGAUGAGAAAUGGGAUGAUUAUAUCAAGGCCCACCCUGAAAUGGAACCGUAUAGAACAAAAGUUGUGCCUUACUACAAUGAACUGCGCAUUAUAUUUGGGCAUACAGUUGCUGACGGAAGAUACAGCCUUUCGUGCUUCGAUAUUGACUUUGAGAACGAAGUGAAAAUAUUGGAGGAUAAGAUCCCUACCAAAGACGACGCUAAAAAGAUUGAUUGGUCUGAGACAAUGGAGCAGCAUUUUAUUCAACUUAUGCUGGAGCAGGUGCAGGAAGGGAAUAAAUUAAACCGUACUUUCAAGAACAAAGCAUGGAUCCACAUGAUUACAGCCUUUAACACAGCAUUCGGGUUUCAGUACGGUAAAGUAGUGUUGAAAACUCGUUUCAAUCUUCUAAGAAGGCAAUAUUUUGCGGUAAAAUAUCUUCUGAGUCAAGAUGGGUUUAUGUGGCAUGAGAGACAUCAGAUGAUAGUGGCUGAAGAUCGCGUCUGGAAGAAAGUCAUUAAGGCACAACAAUAUUUUCGGAGGUAUAGAAACAAAUCGCUGUCCUUCUACAAAGACAUGUCCAUCAUAUGCGGGAACGAAACUCCAACCUUUCAGUAUGGAUACCCCUUUGUAAAAGCCGGUGAGUUUUGCGUGCCGAUUAUCCAGACAACGGGAAAGGAGGGUAAUUUGAGGGAGGUGGAAGAGAUUGUGGAGGAUGAUGACGAGAGAGAGGAGAAGAAAUGUCGGUAUGAUACUAAAGAACCUAAAGAACCCUGUAAGGGGCCAUCUGAAAUAAAUGAAGAGACAGAAAUAGAAAUAGGUAUGGAAGAUGCUAUGCAGGAAAUGGUAGCAGCUGUAACAGCACUAACAAAGGAAGAGAAGAAGAAGAAGAAGAACAGUUUGUUGAUAGAAGAUGUGAUUUAUAUACUACAAGCUAUGCCAGAGAUGGAUGAUGAUGAUGAUCUAUUGCUUGAUGCCUGUGACUUCCUUGAAGAUGAUAAUAAAGCUAAGGUGUUUCUGGCAUUGGAUCCUGGUUUGCGAAAGAAAUGGUUACUGAGGAAACUGCGCCCACAGUAACAAGUUCUUAUUGUAAAGUAAAUCCCUUUCUUUGAUCAUUAUUAUUUGUGAAUAGUAGACAAGUUAUAGUGCUCUGCAUAUUUUGUUUGGUAUUUGGUUUUUUUAUUUUUUCCCUUUUGAGUGUGAGUAAAUCUCAUCUCCUGACCCUAGCCAGGAAAGGACCACAAGUAAAUUAGCAUAGGUUACCCUUAGGCCUUAGCUGAUUGGCUCAAACCAAUGAAGCAAGAAUUCAAACUUGUGACCUUGUGGUUA